GAGAGAGUUUUACCUUCCCCGGAACUUUCACUUUCAUUUGCUGUGCCGUGCCAAAGAGGACAACCGCAGCGAGGAAGGAGCGCUCACAGCUCGUGAAACUUUGCAGAAACUGGUCAGCCCCGUCUUUGCUCCCUCAAUCCAAUCCGAAGAGAAUUGACUCACCUUCCUUCUCCUAGAGACCAUUUUCCCUCCUUCUGUAAACCUUUGGCUGGGAGGGGCCAAGAUGUCCAACAGUGUCUGCUGCAAAUUGGUUGACUACUUGGACGAGCUCACAGAGGAGGAAUUCAAGAGAUUUAAGAUGCACCUCGAAGACUACCCACUGGAGCAAGGCUACAAGCCGAUCCGGCACUGUAAGACCGAGAAGGCCGACCUCAUUGAAAUAGCACGGCUCAUGGUCAGGGCCUACGAGGAGGCUAAAGCAUUGCAGAUGACAGUCAACAUCCUCGACCGAAUAAAUAGAAAGGAUCUGUCGGCAAAAAUCAAACAAGAGAUGCCAGCGUUUUUCCUGCAGCCUAUGAAAGCAGCGGCCUCGACCAGGGAAGAAAAAAGAAAACGGGAAGAAAGGUUGCUGUCCAGUAUCUCUGACAAGUUUUGCGGGACUCAAAAGAAAGUGGAAGUCACACUGGAUCCCAAGACAGCCUUCCCUACCCUCAUCCUUUCUGAAGAUCGGAAAAGUGUGUACCUGGGCAGCCAGGCCCAGGUUCUUCCUGACAACCCUGAGCGCUUCAAUUAUUCACCAUGUGUCCUCGGAGCAGAAGGCAUCACCUCCGGGACUAUGGAAUGGGUGGUAGAGGUGGGCAAGGCCAAAGCAUGGGCCAUUGGUGCAGUCCGGGAAUCCAUAGGGAGAAAAUGGCACCAAUGCAUCAGAGUUACUGAGGGGUUUUGGGCGCUGCAGCUGAUUGAGGGAGAAUACAUGGCCUCUACCUCUCCUUCCACUGUCCUUCCGCUGUGGAAAUCCCCGCGACGGAUCAAGAUACUCCUGGAGUACGAUUUUGAAAUCCUCUCCUUUUAUGACGCCAACUCCAUGGAACUUAUCUAUACUUUCAACUAUCCUUUCUCUGAGAGGAUGCUUCCUUUUUUCCAGGUCUGGGAUACUGAGAUCCCCCUGAAAAUCUCAUAAGGGCACAUUUUAAAGAUGUUUUAGGCUGCAAUCCUACAUUAGGGCUGUGUACACAUUCCUGUACAGUGUGCCUCCAUCACUGGCUUGGGAGCAGUGUACACAACAUUAGUUACAGUCCGUAUGUGGUUUCUUAGGAAAUAAUCACAUUUUGAUGCGUUUUCCGCCAAACCUGCCUGGAUUCAAAUUGAGGAACAAGUACAACCUAGUAAUGUGUACACAGCCUUAGACGUGGCAAGAAACCAAUCCGCCAACCAAUUAUGCCAACCAAUUAUGAAAUUGAGCCAGUAAUUUAAGGAGAGAUGAGUUGGCGAAAUGGCCCCUCACACAAAUUUGUUUCUUUUGCUUGUUUACUUGAGAUUAAGUCCUAUUGAGCUUGGUGGGACUCCUAAGCUUCUGAUGAGAAAUGAAUAUGCUUACGUUGUUAAUUCCUCCACCCCAAAGAAUGGCAUGGGUUGCCCUUUAAGGCUCUGCAUCUGCUGUCAAAUAAAAAAAACAUUGAGGGGGUUUGCAAGACAUUCCGCUAUGAAAAGAGAGGGAAUAAAUCCAAAUGUGUAAAAUGUUCUUGUUGUUUUUAUACUUCAGGUUUAAAAAUAGGGUUAUGUGGAACUGUGAUUUUAUAUUUUUCACAAGUCUGAUUCAAUCUGCCUUUUCUUUGGAGGGAUAUUUAACCCU